AAAAGAUCUCAAAGAGACGACGACGAAGCAAAAGAAGAAGAAGAAGAAGAGAGAGCUAUUCAAGCUUAAAGCAUAAAACAAUCUCUGCUCCUUAUAUAGUUCUUCACUAUGGAAGAUUUGAGUAAUCAGAAUCUCCUCCCGCGUCAAUCAGAUAUCUCCAUCCCUGCGGAGAAGAUGGAUUCGUUUCAAAAGUCGCUAGAACCUCCGCCGUGUUCUCCGGUGAAAUCUUCUCAACAAUCAGAAACGGAAGUCACACCGCCUCAGAAACCACCGCUUCACCAAUUUGGUCACAACCAAGUUCAGAAGAAUCGAGUGAGCAAUCAAGAUCCAUCGACCUCACGAAGACAUAAUGAAGUUGAAUCGAAAGAGAAUACUCCAAAUAAACAACAAAAACAUUGCAAUUGCAAAAACUCAAAGUGUUUGAAACUGUAUUGUGAAUGCUUUGCUUCUGGAUCUUAUUGUAAUGGUUGUAACUGUGUGAAUUGUCACAACAAAUUGGAGAAUGAGUCUUCGAGACAAGUAGCUAUCUCGGGGAUCUUAGAGCGUAACCCUGAUGCGUUUAAGCCCAAGAUUGCUGGUAGUCCUCAUGGAAUGAAAGAUUUGCAGGAGAAUGUGCAGCAAGUGUUGCUUAUUGGAAAGCACAGCAAAGGAUGCCACUGCAGGAAAUCAGGAUGUCUCAAGAAGUACUGUGAGUGUUACCAGGCGAAUAUUCUAUGUUCGGAGAAUUGUAGAUGUCAAGACUGCAAGAACUUUGAAGGAAGCGAAGAAAGAAAAGCUCUUCUUCAUGGAUCUCAGGUCUCGGAUACCUACAUACAACAGAUGACCAAUGCGGCUGUUAACCGUGCCAUCGACAUGUCUGCUUAUCUGUACCCUCCUGAAUCAAGAAAGAGAAAGAGCAAGGACAUUUCAGAUUCUGUAGUUUCAUCAUACGGUGUCCAAUACCAGAGGGCAAACCACGUUAGAAGAAAUGGUGAAAAUUCUCUAUUUUCACUCCCUAACAACAAGGCCGUGUCCGGAUCUACCACAAGUGCUUACAGGUCUUCUUGGUCAAAUACAUUCCAACCACAUCAUGUCAGAGAGCUAUGUUCACUUUUGGUCUCAAACUCGGUUGAUGUAGCAAAUAAAUUGUCAGACAAAGGGAGGAAGAACGACAAAGGCCCUUCUUCACUUGAUGGAGCCCAAAGAGUUGCUAAUGAGAUCAAUGACUCACCAGAUUGUGUCCUUGAUGCUAAUAGAAUGGACGAGAAGCCUAUAUCUCCCGCAACACGUGCAUUGAUGUGUGACGAAGAACAUGAGAUCGGGUCAGAGAAAGAGACAUCGGCCCGAGUGAAAACAAGCCAAGAGAAAGAAGACACAGACACAAGCUCGGGGAUUUACUUAGAGCAAGAAAGACAGAUAUUGUCAAUCUUCAGGGACUAUCUCAUUCAGCUCUCAAACCGUGCGAGGAUAAAUGGUAACCUUGAUAUCGUAUCCUUGUUCAGAUAUUUACAAGUAGAGGAUUGUGCUAAUUUAAGACAUUAUUUUAAGCAGGUAAAAAUAUCAAAAGCAACACAAAUCCAAGUUGAAAGAAACCAGAAGAUGAAGAACAAAGCCAUCGAGACUCAAAUUAGGGACAUUGCUUAGGGAAUUUUUUUGAUUUUUUUUUUAGGAUCAUACUCAUUUUUAACAUAUGAUCCAUGUCACAUUUUAAAAAAAUAAUUAGGAAGAUUAGACAUAAUUAAAAUUUAAAAAUGGUUUGAAG